UCCCACGAUUGUCGUGGAAAGUCUAGGAACCAUUUGUUACUGUUUUUUCGUUUCCCUAAAUGGAAAAAGUUUCAAGGAGUAAGGAGAGCAUGUCUCCGAUGUGACAAGAAGACGUCGGAUUUCUUGGGUGGCUGCAGUUAGAAGGACAUUACUUUUGACCGCAUCUCCGAGUCGAUGAGAUGAGUGAUGUCUGGACGAAGAGUAGUGGUUUUCUCCUCUGCAGAAGAGCUUGGGAUGACUCUGGCCCAGCUGGUGUCCUCUCGAGCAGAGAAAGCUCUCAGCACAGGUGCAAGUUGCUUCUCUCUGGGCCUUUCUGGAGGGAGUCUGGUGAACAUACUUGGUAAAGACUUACCUGCUGUUCCAAACCUAGACUGCAGCAAAUGGCUCAUAGGGUUCUGUGAUGAGAGACUUGUGCCAUUCAAUGAUGCUGAGAGCACUUACGGUUUAUACAAGAAUCACUUAUUUAGUAAAAUCAACAUUCCAGAAAGUAGGAUUUUGGCAAUAGAUCCCUCUUUACCUGUGGAAGAAUGUGCAAAUGAUUAUGCUGGCAAACUACGUAAGGCCUUUAGCACAGAUCAAAUUCCAGUUUUUGACAUGCUGUUGCUGGGCAUGGGACCAGAUGGACACACCUGCUCUCUUUUUCCAGACCAUCCUUUAUUACAGGAAACCCAGAGGACUGUGGCGCCCAUCAGUGAUUCUCCUAAACCACCCCCUCAGCGUGUUACCUUGACGUUGCCAGUGGUCAAUGCUGCUCGAUGUGUUGUUUUUGUUUCAACUGGGGGCAGCAAAGCUCCAGUGCUGAAGCAAGUAUUUGAGGGUGGUGAAGGCCCUGCACUUCCAGCAGCACUUGUCACACCUACACAUGGGGAGCUUUUCUGGUUAUUAGAUGAGCCAGCUGCUUCCUCCCUCACUUCUCAGGUGGAGAGGCCAGGACCUGGGGCUAAACUCUAAAUUCAGAAGACCAAACUUGUAGGAACACUGUAAAGUAUUCAGAUGAAGUCCUUAAGAGCUCUUGUAUCUUGAAAAAAAUUUAGCUGUAGUUUUUACCAAAAUACCAUAAUUACUACAGUUGUCACUACUAUAAAUCCAUUCAUUAAUAAAUACUGAAUUUUUCAAAUAAUUUAAGAUUUCGGUAUAUUUUGUGUCAUUUAGACCUGUCAUUUAGACCUCAUAGUAAAGUUUUAUGAUAAAGAUUGAUAUCCAUUUUGCAAUGUUUUAUUUUGAUUUUGAUUUUGUGUUUAGUGCAUUGUGUGAUGCAGUAAUUGUGAGUGAAAGAAAUUAAAUAUACAGUACCUCCAGCCAAUAACUUUUAACAUUCCUGGAUUGAAUGCACACAAAAAUUGUAAAACCUAUAGGUCACCCUUACAAAAAAUCCUGCAGGAAUCCUGUAGGAUUUUGGUUCUAUGUGCAGGAUCCUGCAGGACAGAACAAAAAUCCUGCAGGACAGGGCACAUUCUGAAAGAGUCGUGCAUGGUUCCUGUAGGAGUCGUGUAUGGUUCCUGUAGUAUUCCUGCAUGGUUCCUGUAGUAUUCCUGCAUGGUUCCUGAAGGAGUCCUCCAUGGUUCCUGAAGGAUUCCUGUAGGAGUCCUGCAUGUUUCGUGUAUAGGAGUCCUACAGGAAAAUUAUCACAAAUCCUGUGGGAUCCAGUAGGAAUGUGCAGGUGUGUAGGUCCUGCAGGAUUUUUUUGUAAGGGAAUUAACUAUCGCAAAAAGUAAUGUUUGGUACAAAUGGAAAAUGUGGAAAUAUUAAAUUAUAUUUAAAUAAAUAUACAAUUGGCCAUUUAUUUAGGUGAAUUUUUU